GUUUUUAAUAUUUCUUUUUCUGACUUGAAGAAAUAUAACGCUUACCCUAUAGGAUUCCUGUGAUUGAUAUUUCGUAGAUGAAAUAGGGUAUUUUCAACUCAUUGUUAGUGAGAUUUAGGUCCAAUGGGACAGUGUGGCUGGCAACAGUUAUUGAUUAAACAAUUAUUAACGCAAGAGUGAAUUUGAUAUACAGUCCUGAUCACACUGUGUAUGUUGAUCGCGGUGCAGCUUUGCUAUUCAGAAUAUAAGAUUUGUUGUUCAGAAAAUCUGUUUUGUUGUGAUUCUGAAAAUUCAAUUCUUAUUCGAAAGGUUGUAUUAAAUUGGGAAAUAAAUAAUUGGUAUCACUACUGUAUGUCACCCACGGUCGCAAUACGAUACAUUGACUAAAGUUGAAACAGUUGGUCGAUUGAGCACUGAAGAUUGGUACCUAGAACCGAAACUUCUCUAAGAUUCUAUUGCUGCUAUUUUGGAAUCGAGCUGGCAAAGGGCAUGAUGAAAGAAGGGUGGGGCGACCCAUUAUGGGAUUAUCCAUACAUGAAUAAAUCUUAUGCCGUAUGGAAGGAAAUGAAAAAGGUGUGGGACCAGGGUCCCGAGAAAAGCAAAUUGUCGAUUAUGUUGCGAACAAGAAGUGAUGUGCAUCUGAGAGGCCUCCAUACUCUGAUUUAAGCCAACCCGAGAGUCUUCCUUCUGCACCUCUGACGACACCAUCGCAACCCAAAUAUAUUUCAAAACCUAAACAUAGGGGGCAGGAAAAAAGAGCUAAUAAUACGAUUGCUAGAAUGAUUGAUGAUGAAUCUGACACGCGUAAAGCGCUUCAAAACUCAAGAGUAAGAACUGGAAUUACCGUCAAUGUGAGACCAUUAAGAAUGUCUGUGGAAGCAAUUUGUAAAAGUUUGCCGUCUCCACAUGAAGCGGGUAGAUAUGUGACUAUUUUACAAACACAUACGAAAUAUGCACAUUUUACAGGUACAGAUUUCCGCUCGGUGUUGUUAAGAACACUCAAGAAUGAUGUGACUGAAGAAUUGUUGAUUGACAAGUGUCCUGCGUUAUCACUUGACAAUUAUGAAAUCACCAGAAGUGGUGCGGCUCAAAAUCCACGCGAAUUGUUUUGGGAAAACCCUGCAAAUGUUGAAUCAUUCUUUAAACAGUUGAGAGUUUUUCUUGAUGAAUGUUUAGGAAGCACACAGGAUUUAUCCUUUGCAGCAAGCACUAGACAGGUAGCGAGAGAGUCAGCGGCUCAAUUCUUUGUGCGUUUUAAAACAGCAUGUUAUUAAAGAUUCUAAAUUCCCAAUGACUAAUGAAAUAACGCCUCUGUUUAUUUACAUGUUGUUAAAUAACAUGAAUACAAAACAAGCGAAAUUAAUCAGAAUUACAACUUCAAACUUCCAUGAUAUGCUCAUAGACGCUCUAGGAAAACGAAUAAGGGAACUUGAGGCAUGUGGUGGUUUUGCAGUUAAAGUUGCUGUGUUUACAGGACAACUGAAGGGGAACUUUGGCCGCACUUCAACUCCUGAUCCGCAGCAUCCUAUCCAAAGGAGGAAGUCUGAUACCAUAUGUUUUCAUUGCGGAAAGAGGGGCCAUUUCAGACGCGAGUGCAGGCAGUUGAGAAAGCAGGAGUCACUUCUGCUAAACUCGGGUGACACACACUCAACACAGCGGAGGAACGAGAACUCGGGUCACUCGAACCAAGCAUAGGGGUGCCCACAGAGUGAUGUCAGGUCUAAGUUAUGUAUGAUGAGCAGAGGGAUUCACCUUAUUUUACUCUUAUGGUGAAUGGACAGCCUCGAACUUUACUGCUUGAUACAGGAGCAGAUGCUUCAUCUAUGACUUCUAACAGUUAUGAGGGUCCUGUAACUAAUCAAAUAAUUUACUCUGUGGGAAUUUCCGGAACUGACAUUGAAUGCGCUGUGACGCCUCCUUUGGAGGUUAAAGCCUACGGUAUUAAAUCAUUUUUUAAACAAAUUUACAAUUAUUCCAGGUGCGCCAUUAAAUCUUACAUGACGCAUUAAUGAGUAUGGAUAUUAAAGGUACAGUUUGUAGUAAUUGCUGCUACAGGGCACACGACCCAAACAACAACAAUCGCGUAGCUUGAUGACGCUGUGUAGAAGUGUAGAAUGAUGGGAUAUGUUGUCUUUAACUCCUCCGCUCAGACAGGAACGAGAAAUCAUGUUAGCGGAAGAGGUAAAGUAAUAAAGUUUUAUAAACGUUGCUUCAUUUUAUUUCAUUAUGAAUUAGACCCAAGUAAUGUAAGGUUUAAAACUAAAUUGUCAGUCAUAGAUGUUACAGUAAUUGUCCAAUUUGAUGGUGUGAUAACAGUGCGCAGUUUUAAGUGUUCAAAUCAAUCAUAGUAAACGUUAUUUUUUAAUGUACCCACAUCAUUUGUUAUAAUGGUAGACAGACCGACGGUACAAAUUACUUCAGCAUCUGUCUACGACAGUGUCACGCGGUUGCUACGUCAGUAAGGCGGUAACAAAGGGUAAAGCGGAUAUGACGCCAUUGACAGGCGACUAAAUGACCCCGGUCAACUGUUUAGAAUGGAGAUUUUCUCACGAUUUAAAAGCAGUUGGAAACAUUUGAGAUAUUGUAAGUACUAAAAUAUAUAACUUGGCCUAGUGGUUUUUGGAUACUUUACUGCAAAAUUCUUACAAACUCUACCUAUAAAUUUACUAACCGAAAAGCUGUUUUUUCUUUUCUGUCCAGUUUACAGGCAUCCGUCAAUCCGUUGCCGACAUGUGGACAGCCAAGUGGUUCACAUGCGCCUGUUUCCGGGUGCAGCAUGCCUACACGGGUGGACUCCAUGAUUAACUUUGUUAUGGUCUCAGUUCAAGGAUGGCACUGGUUUCAUUGACAUGGAACCUUACAAAGCCAAACUUAAAACAAACAAGCCGGUCUACAUUAAACAAUACCCUUUGUCUAAAGAUAAGGAAGAAGGUAUUAAGCCUUUGAUUGAAAACGAAUCAUCCAGCAGGGUGUCCUCGAACCAACACAUUCACCAUGCAACCCGCCUAUAAAUCCUGUAGUUAAAGCUGAUGGAAAAACUUGCCGAUUAACUCAAGAUUUGCGAGCUAUUAUUCAGUUAAUCAUACCCCUUGCACCAAUUGUACCUGAUGUUCCAACUGUUAUAAACUCUGUUCCAUAGUCACAUAAGUAUUUUACAGUCAUUGAUUUGUGUGCAGCUUUUUUCUCGUUACCUGUACACCCAGAGACUCAACAUUUGUUAGCUUUUACAUUUAAAGGGAAACAAUAUUCAUGGAAACGCCUUGCACAGGGAUAUACGGACUCACCUGCUGUUUUUUCUGCAGCAAUACACAAAACUUUGGCCAAAAUGGCUGAUUUGCCUUGAACAGUUUGUGUGCUUCAGUUUGCAGAUGUCAUCCUCGUGUCAGGGGAGACGGAGGAGAACUGUGAGAACGCAUCUGUUAUUGUUUGCAAUGUACUGUACUUGUUGAAACAGAUUUCAAAGCAUGAAAGAGAAACUGCAAUGGGUCAAGACUAAGGUGACCUAUUUGGGACAUGUGCUUAUGCAGGGUCUCCAAGCAAUAUCAACUGACAGGGUCCAGAUGAUCAGAAACAUAAAGUCCCCACGAACAGUGCAGCAGCUCCAAAGUUUUCUGGGACUAAUUAACUAUUGUAGAUCGUGGAUACCUGUCUGCGCGACUCAUGAUAGGAACCUGAGGGGUCUGGUAGAUGACAAAACUCUGCCCAACACACGACUGAAGUGGACUGCUGAGGCAGACGAACAUUUUAAUGCCUUGAAAGAAGCCAUCACUACCACCCAAGCAUUGGGCCUACCGGACCACACCAAGACUUUACGUGCAUGCUAGAGAGGCAGAGGGUGUAGCUGUUGGUGUCCUGUUGCAACUGCAUGGUUCCACUUACAGACCAGAAGCAUAUCUGUCUAAAAAGUUAGAUAACAUAGUCACAGGUAUGCCAGCAUGUCUUUGUGCUGUGGUUGCAGCGGCUCUGAUUGUUCCGAUGGCCGAGAAAACUGUUGUGUCACACCCAUUACACAACAUGCAAGCCACACGACAGCGCAACGACACUCGGGUUACGAGGCUACUCUUCUGGCAACAAAAAAUCUUAGCAUUCAAACUACAGCAAACAUUAAUCCUGCUUUGCUGUGUAUUUUGGGUAUGGUGGACAUGGCAGAUUUGAAUGUUGAUCAUGAUUGCAUCUUUGAACUGACAACCUCUUACUCUUACUUAAGUUAUGUUGAUGGGUCUUGUUCGAAGCCCUCUGAUGGUGUCUACCUUUGUGGCUAUGCUGUGGUUUCCGACUCAGGAAAGGUAAUAGAAGCUUUUGCUCUAGACUACAAUUUGGCCCAAACUGCAGAGCUGGUAGCAUUAAUUUGAGCCUGUGAGCUGAUGACAGAAAAGCGAGCCACGAGUUACACAGACUCCAAGUAUUUGUUAAGGUGUACCGAAGUACCACGGACCAGCAACUGUGAUUGGCGUGACCCGGAUAGGAGUUCUGCCAAACUACCAGCCGCAGUGGAUACACGCUUCCAGACUGAAGUUGUGUUCUUCAGGAGAGCAGGCAAGAUCCAAUUUAACAUAGAAUCUCAACAGGGGACUCACCUUACUGCACCUCAGUGUGGAGAAAGCACUGACUACGCUGAGGAAAGAACUACCUUUCGUGAGGUGGGGGCCACCCAAAGCAAGAAGAUAGAAGGCCCAUUGAGCCAACAGUGCCGACUCCGUACUCACCCCUGAGUGCACUAAGGGCCAAAUUCUUAUGCAUAUACUAGAUAUCAACUCCUUCACCGAAUGUACGAUUGCAGAAGCCCUCGUUGUGUUUGGAGAAAACGUUGUUAUGCUAAAGUCAAAAUUGAUGUGGGUAUACUUUAUUCAUAUAUUUGAAGGUAUGUUUUGUUUCUUUUAAGUGACACAGCGUUGUUUGUAAGACUGUUGGUCUGAGAGUGGCCAUUGUGGGAAUUUGGGUUUUGCCUGUGUCCCAUACAUUCCACACUGUUUUAAGCACUAAAUCUAGCUUCUGAUGUUUCUUUAUGUCACUGAGAGUUACGACUUCAAGUGUCUGUACCAAGAUAGCAGCAUGUUCCAGAUGUUGAGAACAAGGAACUAACAAAGUGCUGCCCUUUGCUAAAAAUACUAUCUUAGAGGUCUUUUAUUUUUCCAUGACAUACGUCACUUUCUCAUUUAUUCGUAUAUUUUGGACCUGUCCUAAAUCAACAUUGGACUUGAUUGAACUGCAUUUCUGUGUCUGUGUCAUUCUUGGUCUCCGGAUCCUUUGUGUGUUCCAUCGACUAGACUCUUCAACCUACUUACUAAUCAAAAAGUGAUCAUCUUAGAUACACCUCACAGUAUGCACUGUUUUAUCGUCGUUACCGAAACCAUCCCCACUAUAAUUAUUCGGGCUAUUUAUGGUUGUUCACUCCCUCACACAACCCGAUUCACAAACGCUCUCGAUCGAGUCGGUUCAGUACAAAUGAUUCGAUUCGCGAAUCGGUCCUCAGAAGAGGGCGCGAUCGAACCCCUCCCAGUCACUCCCGCGAACAUCACACAACAAUCUGCAGGAUAUGCGAGACAUUGUGAGACACGAGGACUGAUCGCGUGCACCAGAAGAUGUGUGAGGAUGUUCAGCAUCACGGAUGCGGAGAUUCACGAGUGUUUGUGUCGCAGGUUUAAACGCACGAUGAUCGCCGCCGGACGCUUCUAUCCAGAGACCCGAGGUUCGUGCUGACGGCCAUGGGGCUCCGGUGAUCGCCCCGGGCGUCGGUUCGCCGGCGUCAGGAGCAUGUCGAGCGCCCGUCAGCAUGACGCCGUUGGACCUGUGGCUUUCGCGUUCCAUCCCCAUGUGUCUCCUGCUCCACAGUCUGGUUCUGAUGGCCCUCUGCCUUCCGUCCGCCAGCACCUGUCCCAAAGGCUGCACCUGUCAGCGCUCCGAGAGCCCCCCACACGGCCUCAACGUCACCUGUAGCUUGUCGCGCUUGAAGGAGAUUCCGCCCGACGUGCCGCCCGACACGCAGCUGCUCCAGCUGGACAGGAACCACAUAUCGCUGGUGCCCGACCGCAUCUUUCAUGGCUUGAGGAUGCUGCGGAGGCUCAAUCUGUCGCACAACGCCGUGGAGACGCUCGGGGAGGGGGCCUUUGUGGGUCUGGAGGGCUCCCUGGAGUUCCUGGACCUGUCUCACAAUCGCAUCACCAACGUGCACAAGGACGCUUUCGUGCGGCUGAAGGCCCGCGUGCUGGUGGACAACAACCCGUGGCACUGUGAUUGCGCUCUGCAGCAGGCGCUGGGCGGCAUGGCGCACAACCACGAGGCGGCCACGCGCGUCCUCUGCCGGAGUUCCGAGCUUACAGACCAAGAGGGCCAGCCGUUCUUGGCGGUGGAUGCUGACUUGUGCAACCUCGCCAAGCGGACAACCGACUACGCCAUGCUGGUGACCAUGUUCGGCUGGUUCGCUAUGGUCAUCUCCUACGUGGUCUAUUACGUGCGGCAGAACCAGGAGGACGCCAGGCGACACCUCGAGUACCUGAAGUCCCUUCCUAGCAAACCCAAAAAGCCGGACGAACCGGAGGACAUCAGCACGGUGGUGUGAGAUGGUCAGCCGGACUUUACAGCACGCGUCUCCAUGUGGUUUGACAUAGUUAAGCCGUCUUCUCUUUUCCAGUGUGCUUUCAUGUAUGUAGAACACGUCCGGCUGAGAGAGUCAUGGCGUUUCUGUCGUCCUGUGUAAUAGCCACCGCCGGCGUGAGAACGUCUCGUUUUCUAUUCUACUAUGUCGUACGCUUGUCAGUCGUUCAUGAGUGGUAAAGGGAUGUUGAGAAAGGAAAUCUCAGGUGUUGAUAGACUCCAGUGAUUUAUAAGAACCCCGCCCACGUUUUGAUGCCGCAACGUUUUGUAACGUUAGCUACAAUCAUUUUCGAAAGAAAGCGUGGAACCCUUUAUUAGCCGAACGCCGUCGAGGAAUGUGGUCUUAAAGUGUUAUCGUUACGCCCGAUUUAUUUGCACAUCUUUGUUGAAUGGUCACAUGAUGUCGUCCGUCAGUAAUGUUAGUCUUGACACUCUUUGUCAGGUUGUAUCUCGCGGGCUCGUGUUUGUCGGGUGUCGUCUUAAGGACGCUUCGGAUGGCCGAUGUGUUUAAGUUCAAGAGUUUAUUACCUUCGCAUAAACUUUCACCUGUGAAACGGAGCUGUGGUGUGUAAUGAAAGCAUCUCUCUCUCUCUCUCUCUCUCUCUCUCUCUCUGUUAUAUUAUUGUGUCUACUGUAAUGUGCCGGGAUGGUUAUGAGCAGAAAAUUACACCUGUCAGUCUGUUUCUGGCCCUGGAGAACCAGAGAAGAGACGGCGAAGGAAAUGAAAAAUAGAAAUGCAGGCGGCUCACACAGAUGAUAUCGGUGCAAGAUAUAGUGAUCGUUUCAGAUGAUUAUUCAUGAUUUUACUGUAUUAUAUUAUUUACAUGCUACUCCAGUUUACUCAACAAAAAAUGCCAUGUUAUUUCUACAAACAUAGUAUUGCAUCCAUAUCCAUAUUAUAACCAUAGUACAUGUCAUAUAAGAAAACUUUGUAUUCAUAGAUGAAAGUGUGUAUUCAAGAUUAAGAACAAAUGUGAAAAAAAGCUUGGUUUAAUCGACCAUCAGUAGACGGAUGUGAUGGAACAUAUGCAAAAUCUCAUGCCAGUGACACACCCCAUUAUACCGUUUUCGUCAGCAGAAUAAGUCCGGUGCGUAUUUUUUGUUAUUUUGUCUUCUGUGUUCAGUAAAAAGCUGUUUGACAACAUUUAAAGACAUAUAACCAUCAGUCAGUUAAAGGGAUAGUUCACCAAAAAAAGCUAAUUCUGUCAUCGUUUACUCAACACUCAUGUCAUUUCAUACCUGUUUAAAUCACUUUGUUCUGUUGAACACAAAGGAAGAUAUUUGGAAGAAUGUAAUCCAGUUUCAUUACUGGAACAUCAUUGACUACCAGGGCUGGGCAGGUUACUUUUAAAAUGUAUUUGACUAGGCUACAAAAUACUUUGUUAUCCGGAACGUAUUUUCAUUAGUUUUGUAACUUAAUCUAAAUAUUUUGGAAUACUAAUAAGGUACUUUACAUAAAACAAAGGGCUUGUGAAACAGAAGACUCGGUUAUUUAAAUUAGCAUGCAAUUCGAAACCAGAUUCUUUUUGUUUUGUUAAAAUUAUUAAAAUUUAGCAUAUUCUGCAAGGGGGAUGAAAUUUAUGAAGCUUUUGCAGAUUGUCAGAGUCAGAGAGUCGGAGAAUCACAGAUUGCUGUUGACAUUAAAUGUCUGUUACAGUUUAUAUUAAUGUUUAAAUGAGAUUCCAAGUUCUGAAAUACUGUAAUUUGAUUAGCAUCCAUUUAAAAGCAACCAUAAUGAAAUACACUCUCAAAUUUUGUAUUUUAAAUACGUAAUGUAUUUUGUUACUCUCCGGGCCUGUUGAUUACCAUAGUACAACAAAUUAAGUAGUCAAAGGUGCACCAGAACUCCUAGAACCUACAUUUUCCAAAAUAUAAUAACGAAACAAAAAAAUAUACAAUACUUUUAUACCAUAGUAAUAGAUGAACUCCCAGAACAUUCUUCUAAAUAUCGUUCUCUGUGUUUGACAGAACAAAGACAUUUAAACAAAUUUGGAACAAUCUGAGGGCGAGUAGAUGACGACAGAAUUUUCAUUUUGGGGUAAACUGUCCCUUUAAUGAUUGAUUGAUUGACAAUGUAAACGUGACAUCACAUCAUCCCGAAGCGUAUAGAAACAUAAGAACAACAUUAAAGUGACUUUGCGUACAGAAAUCCCUUUAAACGUGUGUGUGCGUGUGUGUUUGAAUGUGUUGUAUUGUGUGUCUGCAGUCGUAUCGUGAUGUUUUUAAUGCAGAUUCACACUGAAGCAUGCUGUAGCCAAGGACACGCGGAGAGAUGUUUCUAAGUGCCUGAAAUACACGUCUAUAACUCUCUCUCUCUCAUACUUCCAGUUACUGAUCACUUUCUUUUGAACGUUCAGUCCUGACGACCUCGAGUUUACCUGAUCUGAAAUGUGUCUGUAACACAAAAGAUGUUAGUUAUGGGUAAAGGUUUCAUGAUACGGUGGUUUAAAUCUCCUUCACAUGGUUGGUGUUGAUGUUGUACCGCAUGUCACUUCCACACCGUUGCACACGAAUCACAGACGUAACAGACGGAUGAAAUUUCACCAUGGUUUUAUUAUAGUAACCAUAGCUAUCUGUUUAAAAGCAUAGUAACCACACAUCACUAUCACCAUCCUUUAACUUAACAGGGUAACUUCACUUUUACUCUAAUAAAACCAUGGUUUAUUUUCUAAAGGGUGAUAAUCAACUCGGAUGAAAAAGCAGAGCAUUCUGAUGUAUGUAGAGUCGGUGUUGUUGGUGAAAUGAUUGUUAAAAAAAAUUUGAUUGUGUGUAGAGAUUCAUACAUCGACACGCGUGCAUCAUGUGACAGAGAGACGGUACUCAACACGGCUGCAGCAUCCCUCUCUUCCCUCUCUCUUGAUAUGUUUUAUGAUGAAACUCUCUUCUGCUCCAAAAGUUGUUAACCUUGAAAAUGUUCAACUGAAGGAUGACUAAUGGUACAGGACAUUGUAAGCGCAUGAUGUAGAGAAACUGAAAUAAAAGAUUUAUUCACUCUG